AUGCCUGCCGAGGCCGAUAAGGCUCGGACUAUCUAUGUGAUUGCAAGAAUCUACAAGCUCGGCCAAAAGGGGAUGGGAAUGGAGCUAAUCGUUGAUCCUCAAACAGCCCUGGAGCAGGGGGAACUCCACAUUGAGCCAGACAGAUACAAGGUCACUCUUGGAAAACGGCGGCUUCCGGAUGAUGCGAAACGCUUGAUACCAGAAAAUGCCUUCGCGCCAUCUGACUCUACCUCUAAUUUUCGGAGCACCAGCCCAGAAAUGAUUGCAACAAGUGGGCGGGAGGUGGAAAACGACAGGAUCAUGGAAGCCUCACCAAGCAUCUUGACGGGUCCGUCACACACUCAACAAUACUCGCCACCCCGGCGCAUUUCAGGCGAGGAACAAACAAGAGAGAAAGAAGAGGAGCACAAUAUGACAGAAUCGACGGACGUUCAUGCGUCCACUCUUGAAGAUUCGCCGCCACUCUUGCUUCCCGGCAUAGAGUCGAAAGAAAAAAUGGGGGGACGGCGAUCAUCAGAUGACCCGCUGCAACAUCCUGGCAUCCUCAGUACCAACAUUACUAGUCCCAAACCUAACGGAAGCAUUGCUGACGGUCUGAUCGAAGAGACCUUGCACCUUCAAGACACGAACUCAGAUAGCGGACACAGAGACCAAAACAACCGCCCUUUCAGCAUAUUCUCCAGCGCAAAGUCGGCCGGUGCAGGGGCCUUAUCCAUUCCAGGUAGCGAGAUCCAGAAGUCUCCAAUUGAGUGGCCUACCUCCGAGCUCCCAAAAGGCUUCCGAUUUCCGGCCGAUGAGUCAGUACCUAAAACCUCUGCUGAAGACACUAGCAAAUCCCUCGACCUGCUGAAAGACGGAGCAAAAGAUGCCGCUCUUCUGUACCAACUGUCAGAUGACCCACUCAUGACCUCGUCAUCAUCUCAAUUUCCCUUCGCAAAACCACACCCCUCUCAAGCCGCUUUUGUUUCUGAAACGUCCCUGUCUAAUCCGCAACCAGGGAAUCCAACGUUUAACACCGCUACUCAUACCCAAUUUCUAUCGUACUUAGAAUACGACAAUCAUGUAGAUAUAAUACGACAGUACCAGAGCACCGGCUUUACACCGCCAGAAUCAUUCUGGUCUUUUGAAGAAAUAAGAAUUGGGGCAUACAAUGGAGUAACAAAGGUUGAUUGGCCUCUGUACCAUGAGGACUUCCAGUGCAUCGGCUUCGGACCUCCGUAUGAGGGAUUGUCGUUUGAGGAAGUGCGGUUGCAGCAUUAUCUUCAGGCGAAAGAGCCGAGGGACUAUCAAUCGGACGACGACAAUUGGGAUGCUGCGCUUUGCGAAGCCCCACAAGCUUCGGAAGAGGAUAAGGCUGGCCUGCACAAUCAGCCUAUAAGGGUGACCAUCUUGGAAGCAGAGAUAUUCCUGUGA